UGCAACGUAAUCGACGCAAGGUGCAAACUAUAAAUAUAAAAUAACUUGAUUGAGUACUUUUUUCUUUGCCCAACCCUAACACCAGUUGUUUUUUUAAGCGGGGAAUAUCGUCUAAUGACUGCUCCCGCCUUACCCAGACUCUUACCGACUAAAAACCACCCCGUUUCUUCUCCUGCACGUCGAGCCGGAGCCCCGGUAAACCGUUAGGUUCUCCUAACACCAGUAACACCAAAAUCCUUGUUCUGCAGUUGCCGUUCACACCACUCGACUAACUGGGCUGAAACAUAGAACGCAAUCCAAUAACCAGUAUUUUUAUUUUGUAAACAUCAAUUAAUUAUAUUUUCGAGCUAUUGAAUUCUCUAAUUAAUUACAGAUCAUAGUAAAUCAUACAGUUAUGAAACAUCUUUUUAACAAGCCCGUAAUCGUCUUCAUCACAGUAAUAAACUCUGUAAAUGCUCAGUAGGCAGUACAAAUAAUUUCAUUCAUUCAUUCAUUUUGACAGCAAAUAAUAUAAGGGGUUUGUUUUUGUUAUUGAUUUUUCGGAAACAGUGUAUUAAUUUGUAACAGAAAUGGUAUAAAAAUAAUAAAAUUAAAGACAAUAAGUCUGUUACGGUUGUGUAAACGUACAAAAAUGUACGGCAUUUGGGAUAGCAACAUGUUUCAAACUAACGUCCACGAAUAUUCUGCCGAAUUACAGAAUGAGAAUAACAAUAACAUUGAGUACAAAACGAGGCUUAAAACGCCAGAAAUAUUCCCUGAAAAUAAAAUAAUAACUAGCUUUGACGAUUUAAAAAUUACUGAAUGGCCUGGAGAAAUAGAAGUACCGGAAUACGAAAACAAUAACACCAGCGCAAACACUGAAGAAAAAGAUGAAGAAAAAAUAGAAAAACCGAAGAGAAUAAAAGAAGCGAAAUUUAAAAAAUUAAAGAAACCUAGAACAGUUCAUGAUCCAAUAUGUAUCCAUCACAUUCCACUGGAAGCUGAAGAAAUAGACUCUCACAUGUUUGCCCCAGUUCUGAAGAGAAGGAAGAAACGAGAUGGAUGUUCACCUGAUACUUUAGUAAUCGAUAAAAACUCUAAAAUGAAUGGUUACGACUCCGAUGAAACCGUUAACGACUAUGUAGAGUGUGGUCGCGAAGGUAUGUGCAAAUGUCGCAGGAUGCAAGGUAGGGAGUACUAUGAAGAUUACAUACAGAUGGAGGGCCGGGAUUAUCUUAAAUUAUAUUCACAUGGGAAGCGCGAUUUUCAUUAUGGGACUGUUUUGCACUUUACUGGGGCUCCAGAACAUAUGCAGAGGGAAGAUCUAUAUCUGGCGCUAGUGGAGCUAGGUAAUUUCAUUUAA